CAAAGCAUUGCAUUAACUCCAUUAAAGAUGUUCGUAUACACCUCCUGAUCUCUUUAAAACUUCUAGCAACUUCAGCUCAAAAGGGAAAGCAAGAAGGAAAAAAAAGUUUAUAGGGAUUAGACAUGGAGGAGGGGAUAGAGCACAGAACUGUAAGCGUCAAUGGCAUUAGAAUGCACAUAGCAGAAAAAGGGCAAGGCCCCAUCGUUCUGUUCCUCCAUGGCUUCCCUGAGCUUUGGUACUCCUGGCGCCACCAGAUUCUGGCUUUAGCUUCACUUGGAUACCAUGCUGUAGCACCAGACCUUCGUGGCUUCGGCGACACUGAAACUCCGACCUCCAUAUCCGACUACACCUGUUUUCACAUCGUCGGAGACCUUGUUGAGCUCAUUGAUUCUCUCGGUGUGACUCAGGUUUUUCUUGUGGGCCACGACUGGGGAGCCAUUAUAGGUUGGUACUUGUGCAUGUUUCGGCCGGAAAAAGUGAAGGCAUUCGUGUGUCUUAGUGUUCCUUUCAGGCCGAGAAACCCACAGAUGAUGCCGGUGGAGAGCAUGCGAGCUUUCUUUGGAGAUGACUACUAUAUAUGCAGAUUUCAGGCACAAGGAGAGAUUGAGGCUGAGUUUGGUCAAUUGGGCACGGCAACUGUACUCAAAGGCAUUUUCUCAACUCGCAGACCGGGUCCACCCUGCUUACCUAAAGGAAAUGCCUUCGGGAUCGGUCCCGACACUUCAGCUACCUUGCCCUCUUGGCUUUCAGAAGAGGAGUUUAGUUAUUACGCCACCAAAUUUGACCAGAAUGGCUUCACUGGAGGAUUGAACUACUACCGAGCCUUGGACCUAAACUGGGAGCUCACGGCGCCAUGGAAUGGGGCGCAAGUAAAGGUACCAGUGAAGUAUAUUACAGGGGAGUUAGACAUGGUGUAUACAACGCCUGGAGUGAAGGAGUACGUGCACAACAAUGGUGGUUUCAAGAAAGAUGUGCCCUGUCUGGAGGAAAUUGUUAUCAUGGAAGGAGUAGGUCACUUUAUCAACCAAGAAAGAGCAGAGGAAACCAAUUCUCACAUCUAUGACUUCAUCACAAAGUUCUGAGCUGCUUUAUUAUUUAUAUUGAGCUUUGUUCCUGUUAGUUUAUUUGAAAUUCAGUCUGUCACCUCCAAUUGAAGUAAGCUUAAUGGUUGAGUAAUCCUACAAAUAUAAUCUAUGACGCAGCUAUGUUGUAAUAU